AUGCCCUCACACCGCGCAUUUACCAGCCAUAAUGUUGUUCUGCCCGGCCACCAUCAGCCAGUGCCUGCUACCGUCAUCGUAGAUGUCUCAGCGGGCAAGAUAACUAAUGUCAUCCAGGCCAGAUCCACCAAGGACCAACUGCCAGACAUAGAUCUGAUAGAUGUAGGCGACCGGUUUAUACUCCCUGGUCUCGUCGACGCACAUGUCCAUCUUAACGAGCCCGGCCGGACGGACUGGGAGGGGUUCUGGACAGGGACGCGUGCUGCAAUCUCUGGCGGAGUGACUACCGUGGUCGACAUGCCGCUCAACUCCAUCCCGCCAACGACAACGGUCGACAAUCUGGACACGAAACGGUCGGCGGCCCAAGGCCAGUGCUGGUGCGACGUGGGAUUUUGGGGAGGUGUUAUUCCUGGUAACCAGACCGACCUUAGGCCGCUCUUGAAAGCUGGUGUACGCGGCUUCAAGUGCUUCCUGAUCGAGAGUGGAGUCGAGGAGUUCCCGUGUGUGAAUGAGAAUGACGUCGUACUUGCAAUGGAUCAGAUCAAAGAUACCUCAACGGUCCUGUGCUUUUAUGCCGAGCUUGAGAGACCUGACACCCACAAGUUCGAUCUCCAUGGAAAAAAUCUGUCAUCGUACGACACCUUCCUGACAUCGCGCCCCGAGCAGCUCGAGGUCGACGCCAUCGAGCUCAUCACCAGGCUGCACAAGCGCCACCCAUCGUUGCGGCUACACCUCGUCCACCUCUCCGCAUCGUCCGCGCUGCCAAUUGUACGCGCAGCCAAGGCAUCGGGCCUACCGCUCACGGUCGAGACAUGUUUCCACUAUCUGACGCUGACGGCGGAAGACAUCCCCAUGGGGCGACCCGAGUUCAAGUGCUGUCCUCCGAUCCGUGAGGGAUCGAACCGCAAGAGGCUGUGGGAGGCCUUGAUGGACGGCACAAUCGACUGUGUGGUGAGCGAUCACAGCCCGUGCGUUUCCGAGCUGAAGAAGAUGGACACGGGAGACUUGAUGAGUGCGUGGGGUGGGAUCAGCACGCUGGGGCUCGGGCUGAGUCUUCUGUGGACGGAGGGCCGGAGGCACGGGAUCAACAUUGAGCAAAUUGUCGAUUGGCUGUGUGUGCAGACUGCGAAGCAUGCGGGGCUGGAGAAGCGCAAAGGCCAGCUGGACGUCGGGUAUGAUGGGGACAUUGUUAUCUGGGAUCCUCAAGCGAAGUUUGAGGUCACGAAGGAGUUAUUGAAGUUCAAGAACAAGCUGACGCCAUAUGAGGGCUUGAUUUUGAUUGGUCGAGUGGAACAGACGUUCCUGCAUGGCCAGCUGGUGUACGACUGCAGCGCAGGCGGUUUCAUUGAAGAAAAGCCCGUCGGGCAAUUGCUUUAA